AUGGCCACAAGCGCACAGCACCGAGACGCUGCCGCCAGCGCAUCGUCAAGGUCCAAUGCCAGCAGCUCAGCGACAGAGACUCGCAAGGUCUCCUUCCAGCAGCCGUCAGGAUCAGCGCCGAGCCGGUCGUCUUCGUCAGCACACCCAACGUCCUCUUCAUCAAGGUCGGCAACCGCCACAUCAAGCUCUCAAGCGUACUCAGCAUACUCAGGCGCGACCCGUCGCCAUUCUCUGUUCGGCACAGAGGACAGAGUGGUGCUCGACAUUGGCAGUCGAUACUCGAAGUUGGGGUUUAGCGGCGAGCCUCGACCUCGAGCCAUCGUCCCCUCGGUCAGCUUCUCUCAGCCAUCGACAUCGUAUCUCCGUCUCGACACCUCGUCGCCCUCACUGGAGCCAUACAUCAGCGAAGAGACGCUGUGGGACCUGGACUUUGAGCGAUGUGCCGACGAUCAGCUCCGUCGAGGCAAGCGGGCGCUUUUGCUCGCCCAGCUGACCCAGCUGCUACGCAAUGCUUUCACUCAGCACCUCAUGGUCGAUCCCAAGCAGAGAAAGGUCCUCGUCGUUGAGAAUCCAAUGCUGCCGAACGCGGUCAAAGAGAUGCUGCUCAAGGUGCUCUUCAACAAUCUGCAGGUGCCAUCGGUGUCGUUCGUCCCGGCGCCAUUGCUCAGCCUGUUGGCGGUGGGUAGGAUCACGGGGCUCGUCCUCGAAGUCGGCUUCUUGGAGUCCACUCUAACGCCAGUCUACUACGGAAGACCAUUGGAGAGCUACAGUGUCUCGAGCACACGAGCUGGCAAACGGCUGAAUGCGAGGCUGCGGCUUCUGCUGUUGCGAUACGGUAAAUUCGUGGCUGCGCAGAACAGCCUGCAAGACUCUGCGAAACCACUUCGAGAGCGAACGCAUCCGAUCGAUCCAGCGCUGCUUACAGAUGAUCGAGUCGAGCAGAUCAAGGCCAAGGCGCUGUUCGUCCGCUCGAACAAAGAGGUCGUCGACGGACUCGAGGACUUGUUCGCCGAUCUGGAACUCGAGUCAAUGGACUCGCCAGCCGAGUCAAUCAGGAUUCAAGAAGGCUCGGCCGCCGAGAUUCGUAAGAGAUACUCGUCUUCAUCGACCGCAACACCCUUUACUUUCGCGGUAUCGCCGGACUCUGUUGAUCCGAACGGCACGGCCUCACUCAUACAGAGCAUCGCGGCUCCAAGCACCGCAUCGAGCUCUAGCCUGACGGCAACAGCGGCAUCUACCAAGGGCCAGGUCUCGGGCGUCAUUGCGAUACCUGGAUGGGUGCGCGAGCGAGCAGCCGAGCUUCUCUUUGAGAAAGGCGACGCCGACGAUCCCGGACUGGUCGAGAUGACAGUGACAGCCAUAUCGAAGCUGCCGAUCGAUCUGCGUCGUACCAUGUGCGAGAACGUGUUGGUGUCAGGAGGCACAGCCAUGCUUCCUGGCUUUGCGAAUCGAUUCCGAACACAAUUCGUACUAGCGAUCGAGCAGGCUGAACGACCAGGUGGACAGCUGUCGAUCGAGAGACACGCGCGACGACUCAAGGCGGACCUCAAAGGUGAAGAGACGGACAGGGCAGAAGGAAAAGGCCUACACAGCUCGGUGGCUGUGCUGAACGACCCGUGGCCUGACCUAUCGCAGAGCAGUAGCAGAGGCAAGAAGGGCAGCGAGGGAGGAACAGCGCCAGCAUUCGCGGCGAAUCUCCUGCCGUGGAUGGGCGCCUCGUUGGCAGGCGCGCUGAAGACGAACGCUCUCAAUGCAGUAUCGCGCGAAGCUUACGAUGAGGCCACCAAGCCGAUUCAAGGCGAAGCAGAAACAAAGGCGGACACAGAAGAAGCCGGCAAGGAGAAAGAGAAGGGGGCAGAAAAGCAGAAAAGACCGGCGAUGCCAGCGCCGAACAAACGAGGCUCGUUCGUAGGCGUAGUGGGUGGACUCGAGACAGGUGCAUAUGGAGGGCUCGCUGCUGUGAGUAGGCACUUGAUCGGCGUGCCAGGGUCAAGCCCAGUCAAGGGGUCGGCUGCUGCGAGGUCUGCACUGGAGUCAGGUGGCAAUGACUCAGAGUGA